CAGACCACUCGACGUAGACGCUUCGUACCGAUCGCGUGUAGCUCGGAUCCUUACAAGUAUCGUUUAUCUCUAGGAGAAUGUGAUGUAACGUGAUUCAACUUUCGAACUAAAGUUGAAGCGGAAAACACAAAAUUAUCCGUAAUAAAACCCCCCACGAGCAGCUGACUGAGAGCAAGUUACGAUAACACGUUGCUGUCCAGUGCCACUUGUUAGUGUCUCCCAUCCAGUUCAGUCUGCUUUACUUCGCCUGCCACACUGGUUAGGUCAGAUUGAGCGCAAGCACCAUGACCGAUCAGAAUAAGAAGAUCAAUUUCGGCGCCGGCCCGGCUAAACUGCCGCACGAGGUUCUGAAAAAUGUGCAGAAAGAAUUGCUCGCCUACGGAAACACUGGGAUCAGUAUUCUCGAGCUAAGUCAUCGGUCGAAUGACUUUAAAAACGUCAUCGAUAAUGCGCAGGCCACACUGCGGGAUAUCCUUAACGUGCCCGACAACUACAAGAUCCUAUUCAUGCAAGGAGGCGGCACCGGAAUCUUCGCGGCGAUUCCUAUGAACAUUAUGAACACCGGCACCGCGGACUACCUAGUGACUGGAUCAUGGUCGGCGAAAGCAGCAAAGGAAGCUACCAAAUAUGGAAAAGUGAACAUGGUGCUGCCCAAAACGACGAAAUACACAGAAAUUCCAGACCCUUCCACUUGGAAUUUGGACCCGAAUGCCUCGUAUGUGUAUUAUUGCGCCAACGAAACUGUCCACGGUAUCGAAUUUGAUUACGUUCCUGAAACAAACGGAGUACCAUUGGUCGCCGAUAUGUCGUCCAAUAUACUUACGAAACCGCUAGACAUAUCUAAGUUUGCUGUAAUUUUUGCUGGUGCCCAGAAAAAUAUCGGUCCGGCUGGAGUCACCUUGGUGAUUAUACGAGAUGAUAUGAUCGGUCGUGCCAUGGAUAUGUGCCCGACAGUAUUGAAUUUUACUGUCAUGGCAAACGACAAUUCUUUACACAACACUCCACCAGUUUUUCAAAUAUAUGUAGUAGGUAUAGUGUUUGAAUGGAUUAAACGGAACGGUGGAGUCGAAGGUAUGCAAAGUUUGGCCCAGAAGAAAAGCGGCAAGAUAUACGAUGUAAUCGAUAAAUCUGGAGGUUUCUAUAAAUGUCCCAUCAAAUUGGACGCUCGUAGUAAAAUGAAUAUUCCGUUCAAAAUAAAAGAUGGCGAUGAGGAGCUUGAAAAGGAAUUUCUUUCUGGUGCAGCAAGUCGUGGCAUGUUGCAAUUAAAGGGUCACAGAUCCGUGGGUGGAAUACGCGCAUCUUUGUACAAUGCCGUCACGGUAGAUGAAGCGGAAACAUUAGCAAAGUAUAUGAAGUCGUUUUACAAUGAGCAUUGCAAAUAAAUUGGUAAAUAAUUCUGGAUAUUUCAAAUAGAAACAGAUAUCAGACUGACAAAAA